AUGCCCUCGGAAGCUUAUAACGUCGGUUGCUACCUGUUGGACCGUCUCGUGGAGAUGGGUUGCAAUAGGCUCUUUGGUGUUCCUGGCGAUUACAACUUGCGCUUUCUCGACGAUGUCGUGUCGAGCAAGGGUCUCAAGUGGGUUGGCUGCUGUAACGAACUCAAUGGUGCAUAUGCGCUAGAACAUUUUUUAUCUUAG